CUUGACAUGCAGCCUGGCCAGAGCGUCAGGCAAGAUCCAACGGAAGCCAGGGAUGGUCAAAGGGCUUAUUCUAGCAGGACUAAUGCUCCUGCUCUGUCACGAGGUAGCAGUACAAGCUCAUGUGCUGAGCAGACAGAACUCGGCCAACACUGCAGGCAAGCUCAAGAGCUUACUGCAGCAGUUCGAGGAAGCUUUGGCAGCCGAGGACUUUGAAGGAGGAGCAGAAUAUGACGACAGGAAAAUGGCACUGGGCCAGAGCCAAGAUUCUCCAGCCUGGGCAAGAGAGCGGGAGGAGCAGACCCCUUUGGCCGAGGAUGUCAGCUCCGAUGAGGGCCUCGAGACACAGAGGAAGCGCCUCAUGGAUCUCCUCCUGUCCACAAGAAGUAAGAGCUUCUCCGGCUGCUUUGGCGGAAGGCUGGAUCGCAUCGGGUCCUCCAGCAGCCUUGGUUGCAACUCUAUGAGAGGCUGAGCUCCUGCCAGGGCUUUCAUCCAGGCCGCCAAGAGACUGGAGCCAAUAUGUUGCUGCUUGUAGCUUGCCCUGGCAACAUGCACAACUGUAACAGCCUGUUGUGGUGCAUUGUGUUGAAAGCCCACAGAACCUGUUGAGCAUGUGUUUGGGGGAUUUGCAUCCUAUAAGCCUAAGAUAUGCAGGUGUGAACUAAAUUUACCAAUUAUGUUUUAAUCAAGAUAGUCCUUCUAAAAUAUUUUCUGCCUUAUUUCAUUGAUUUGCUUUUAGGCACAGCUUAUGUGCACCUCCAUUUAUUAAUGAGGGUGAACUUUUGUGAGAGCUAAUGGAUAUGUAAUUCUUUUUCUUCCUAUUGAGAGUUACAUAAUUAUUUUGUCGAUUAUAUUCACACAUUGUACUCAUUAUAAGAGCUCAACCUGAUGGCUUUUCUUUCUGAUUAAACAGAUAGCUUAUUCUGUGCAGGUUCAGCUAUUAUGAAAUGUUCAACUUUUGUCUUGCUCUUCAGAUGUGCGUAAAUUUCCUUUUUCCAUUCAGGACCACCAUGACUGUCUCCAUAUUAAUAAAUCUUAGGGACAAAUAA